AUGGGAAGUGUACUACUAGAGCAAAUCAAGAAGCAGACAACAAAUUUCCUUCAAGAAAAGUACAAAUCUGCUAGGAUUACAUUUACAGAUGUUACUGAAAUUGAAUUGUUGGCUGAGGAAACAAUAAAUAAGGAUGACUGUAGCCCUGAUGCCAAGACCAUGACUAGAAUUGCAGAGGCAUCCUUUGAGUUAGAUGACUAUUGGAGGAUUGUUGACGUCCUUCACUCAAAGUUUUGCACAAUUGAUUGGGAACAAUGGAGGCAAUCUUACAAUGCACUAGUUCUUCUAGAAUUCCUAAUAACACAUGGUCCUGUAGAGUUUGCUCUGGAAUUUCAACGUGAUGCGGAAAUUAUAGAAGAACUAGGAAGGUUUACAUAUAUUGAUGAAAGGGGGUUUAACUGGGGAGCAAGAAUGCUAAAGCUAUCAGAGCAUAUACUAAAACUAUUAGAAGGUGGAGAAGCUCUCAAUGAAGCACGUUUGAAGGCUCUCAAGAUAACCAAUGAAAUCCAAGGCUAUGGAAUUUCAUCAUCCUCACCAUCUUCCUCGUCGUCGUCGCCGUCGUCGUCAUCGUGGCCAUCUUCCCCUUGUUCACCACAAGGACCUCUACCAGCAUUUCGUUCAUUUUCUACCCCAACCACUCCAACUCCUUCCUUCUUUGAUAAUAUUAAUUCCAAAAAUAAUAAUAAUAGAAAACACCUUUGGGGUGGUGCUAAUGAAACAGUAGUUGAAGAGAGGAAUGUGUUGAUUGAUGAUGAUGAUGAUGAUGAUGAUGGAAAAUUGGAGAAACCAAAAGGGUUUGUUAGUGAAAUCUGCUCAAAGAUUAUUGGAGAUCCAAAAGUUGCAGGAUUCAGAUGCCUUUCUGAUGUUGGAAGAAAGGAAGUUAAGAAGAAAUAUGAUCGCCAAAGUUCACUUUGGUUUUAA